AAAUUUGAGCCACUCAAUCUUAAUCUCAAUAUUUUCAGUCAGUGUCAUGUCUAAUUACCAUCAUAAUCACAAUUAUCAGCAUCGCCCACGCGGAUAUGAAAGGCUUCCAGGAAAGAGACUCCCAGACAGAUGGAAUAUUUACGAUAACGUCGGCCGUGAUAUCGAUGGGACUCGAUUUGUUCCAUUCAAAACACCACUAGAUUCAUCAUUCUUCGAUGGGAAAAAUAUGCCUGUGGAGCUUCAAUUUGGUGUAAAAACAUUGAUUUCUCUGGCACAACAGGCUAAUAAACAAAUUGGAUUGGUUAUCGAUCUCACAAAUACGGAUAGAUAUUAUAAAAAGACGGAAUGGGCAGAUCACGGAGUCAAGUAUUUGAAACUCAAUUGCCCCGGUCACGAGGUGAACGAACGAGAAGAUCUUGUGCAAGACUUCAUUAAUGCUGUUAAGGAAUUUGUGAACGAUAAAGAAAACGAUGGAAAACUGAUUGGCGUACACUGCACUCAUGGGCUCAACAGAACAGGAUACCUUAUUUGCCGGUAUAUGAUUGACGUGGAUAAUUAUAGUGCAUCCGAUGCGAUUUCUAUGUUUGAAUACUACCGUGGACAUCCAAUGGAGCGGGAACACUACAAAAAAUCAUUGUACGAAGCUGAAAGGAAGAAAAAAUACGGAAAAAGCAGCGGAAAAAGCAGCGGAAACUCAGCCGAUUCCACAAUUUCGAGUGAACAGUUGCAUCGAAAUAAUUCUCAAUAACACCCAAUACUGUUGUUUGUUCUUCUAAUAUUACUUGUCAUUUAACUGUUACGUUCUGUAAAUCCGAACAAAAAUCGGGUAAACUUGUUAUUAUUUAUUAAUAGAUUUCUUUCUGAGUACAACACAUGGAAAAUAAUCACAGUUUUUUUUUGAAUCACAACUUUUUCGCAGGAAAUUACAAUAAAUUAGGGCGGAAAAGA